AUGACUUUCCUCCAUCUCCUGCCCCAGGCCUACCUGUCUGACCAGCUGGGCUGCUCAGAGCCUCCCUACCUGCCUGCAGGACAGCCUCUGAGUGGCCAGGUGGAGGGGGGCAGGUCAAGAGGGAGGUGGAGCUGGGUGGAAACUCCCCCUCAAACAGAGGUAGAUAAAGUCCUGCGGUGGACAGGGAGAGGGGACACAAGAAGCAAUUUCACCAUGUCAACUAGAGUUAGCAUUGUUGGAGGAAGCCUCAGUGGUGGAUUCAGCAGUGGUAUGGGUCAGUCCAGCAUUGGAAGACAAUCUUUCUCCAGUCGGUCCUAUACCGCCCCGACAAUGAGCCGCACAAUCAGCUCGAGAAGUGUUAAGGCUGGUGGAGGCUAUGGUGCAGGCGCUCUCUCAGUGUAUGGAGGAGGCUUUGGUGGAGGUGCUGGCGCAGGCUUUGGCCUUGGUGGAGGUGCUGGUGCUGGCGCAGGCUUUGGCCUUGGUGGAGGUGCAGGUGGCUUUGUUCCUCCUCCCAUCACAGCGGUCACCGUCAACCAGAGCCUGCUGGCCCCCCUCAACCUGGAGAUCGACCCCACCAUCCAGACUGUCCGCACCCAGGAGAAGGAACAGAUCAAGACCCUCAACAACCGCUUCGCCUCCUUCAUCGACAAGGUGCGCUUCCUGGAGCAGCAGAACAAAAUGCUGGAGACCAAGUGGAGCCUGCUGCAGGACCAGACCACCACCCGCUCCAACAUCGACGGCAUGUUCGAGGCUUACAUCGCCAACCUGCGCAGACAGCUGGACGGGCUCGGCAAUGAGAAGAUCAAGCUGGAGGGAGAGCUUAAAAACAUGCAGGGCCUGGUGGAGGACUUCAAGAACAAAUAUGAAAAUGAAAUCAACAAGCGUGCUGCUGUGGAGAACGAGUUUGUGCUCCUCAAGAAGGAUGUAGAUGGUGCCUACAUGAACAAGGUUGAGCUGGAGGCCAAGGUUGAUGCCCUUCAGGAUGAGAUUAACUUCCUCAGGGCUGUUUAUGAGGCGGAACUGCGUGAGCUUCAGGGCCAGAUCAAGGACACCUCAGUCAUUGUGGAGAUGGACAACAGCCGUAACCUGGACAUGGACGCCAUCGUGGCUGAAGUGCGCGCUCAGUAUGAGGAAAUCGCCAAAAAUAGCCGUGCCGAGGCUGAAUCCUGGUACCAGCAGAAGUUCCAGGAGAUGCAGACCUCUGCAGGCCAAUAUGGAGACGACCUUCGCAAUACCAAGGCUGAGAUUGCUGAGCUGAAUCGUAUGAUCAGCCGCAUCCAGAAUGAGAUUGAUGCAGUCAAGGGACAGCGUGUAAACCUGGAGGCCCAGAUUGCAGAGGCUGAGGAGCGGGGUGAGCUGGCUGUGAAGGAUGCCAAGCUCCGCAUCAAAGACCUGGAGGAGGCCCUGCAGAGAGCCAAGCAGGACAUGGCCCGCCAGGUCCGUGAGUACCAGGAACUCAUGAACGUCAAGCUGGCCCUGGACAUUGAGAUCGCCACCUACAAGAAACUGCUGGAAGGAGAGGAGACCAGAAUUGCCUCUGGUGGUGGAUCUGCCACCAUUCAUGUCCAGAGCUCAAGCAGUGGUGGUGGCAGUGGAAUGGACAUGGGCAUCAUCGGUGGUGGUAUGACCAUGGGCAGCAGCAGCGGCGCUGGAAUCAGCAGCAGGAGCAGCUACAGUGUCAGCCGCUCAAGACGCUACUAA